CCGCCUCAGCGCUCGGCCCGGGCGGGCGAGUGGCCGCUGCCCCGGUUCGUCAGCCGUGCCGAGACAGAGAGAACCCUGUCUCUCAGGGAAGGAAUGCUCAGGAAAAACAAAAAAUCUCCAUGAUUAAAAAUGGCAGAAGAUACUACAAGGCAAGAAGUAGGCUUGACCCGGGAUUCAGGCCCAUCGGGACGAGGCCAUGAAUAACUGAAGAAAAGUUUCUGUUUAUUGCUCAGAGAGACAGUAUCUUUUGCUGGGUUGAGCAUAUGGCUGACAGGAGCUAUGUCAGAUGAGAACACGGCCAGUCCUCAAGCAAACUGGAUUAGGAAGCCAUUGUAUGGAUUGUUUCAAUAUAAUGCCAGUAUGAUUGGACUAGAAUCAUUAGCCGAUCCCUCAGAUACCUGGGAAAUUAUAGAGACUAUUGGGAAAGGCACUUAUGGUAAAGUCUAUAAGGUUGCUAAUAAGAAAGAUGGAAGCUUGGCAGCAGUAAAGAUUCUGGAUCCUGUCAAUGAUGUAGAUGAAGAAAUUGAAGCUGAAUAUAAUAUUUUGCAGUUUCUUCCCAAUCAUCCUAAUGUUGUUAGAUUUUAUGGGAUGUUUUACAAAGCAGAUCAAUAUGUGGGAGGACAGCUCUGGCUAGUACUUGAGCUGUGCAAUGGAGGUUCUGUCACAGAGCUUGUCAAAGGCCUGCUGAAGUGCGGCCGAAGGUUGGAUGAAGCUAUAAUCUCAUACAUCUUAUAUGGUGCUCUCUUGGGCCUUCAGCAUUUACACAAUAACCGGAUCAUUCAUCGUGAUGUGAAAGGGAACAACAUUCUUCUGACAACAGAAGGUGGAGUCAAGCUUGUUGACUUUGGUGUUUCAGCUCAGCUCACCAGCACACGACUGCGCAGAAACACCUCAGUGGGAACACCCUUUUGGAUGGCACCUGAGGUCAUUGCUUGUGAACAGCAAUACGACUACUCAUAUGAUGCUCGAUGUGACGUAUGGUCCUUGGGAAUAACAGCGAUUGAACUGGGGGAUGGAGACCCUCCUUUAUUUGACAUGCAUCCGGUGAAAACCCUUUUUAAAAUUCCAAGAAACCCUCCACCUACUUUGCUACAUCCUGAGAAAUGGUGCAGAGGAUUCAACCAUUUCAUUUCACAGUGUCUAAUCAAAGAUUUUGAACAGCGUCCUUCAGUCACUCAUCUUUUGGAACAUCCGUUUAUUAAACAAGUACAUGGUAAAGAUAUGUCUUUGCAAAAACAGCUGGCUGAGCUCAUCCAAGAACAACAGCAGCUAGGCUCUAUAGCCAAAACAAGGCAUGAACGAAUACAUACUAGAAGACCUUACCAUGUGGACAGAGCUGACAAGUACUCUCUAGAUGACGAUCUGGUAAAUCUGGAAGUUCUCAAUGAGGAUACAAUUAUCCAUCAACUGCAAAAACGUUAUGCGGACUUACAGAUUUAUACUUACGUUGGAGACAUUUUAAUAGCCUUGAACCCCUUCCAGAAUCUCAGCAUUUAUUCUCCCCAGUUCUCCAAGCUUUACCAUGGUGUGAAGCGUUCAUCAAACCCCCCCCACAUAUUUGCCUCUGCAGAUGCUGCCUACCAAAGCAUGGUUACAUUCAGCAAGGAUCAGUGCAUUAUCAUCAGUGGGGAAAGUGGUGCUGGAAAGACAGAAAGUGCCCAUCUGAUCGUCCAACAUCUGACCUUCUUGGGAAAGGCCAAUAACCGUGCUUUGCGUGAGAAAAUUCUUCAGGUGAAUCCUCUGGUUGAAGCAUUUGGAAAUGCCUGCACUGCCAUCAAUGACAACUCAAGUCGCUUUGGAAAAUAUCUGGAAAUGAUGUUUACACCUACAGGAGCCGUAAUGGGGGCAAAGAUUUCUGAAUAUCUACUUGAAAAAUCAAGGGUCAUAAAACAGGCUGUGGGAGAAAAAAAUUUCCAUAUAUUUUAUUAUAUAUAUGCUGGCCUUUAUCAUCAGAAGAAACUUUCUGAAUACAGACUUCCUGAUAAAAAGCCUCCUAGAUACAUUGAUAAUGAAACUGGAAGAGUAAUGCAUGAUAUUGUUACUAAAGAUUCCUAUGGAAGACAAUUUGAUGCAAUUCAGCAUUGUUUUAGAAUUAUAGGAUUUACUGAUGAGGAAGUGUAUUCAGUGUACAGAAUACUGACUGGAAUCUUAAAUACUGGAAACAUUGAGUUUGCUGCUAUUUCUUCACAACACCAAACAGAUAAAAGUGAGGUCCCUAACCCAGAAGCCUUAGAUAAUGCUGCUGCACUACUAAGCAUUGGGUCAGAAGAGCUUCAAGAAGCCCUAACCUCCCACUGCGUUGUAACACGGGGGGAGACAAUUAUCCGAACGAACACCGUGGACAAAGCAGUGGACGUGCGAGAUGCCAUGUCAAAAGCACUUUAUGGCCGGCUCUUCAGCUGGAUUGUAAAUCGUAUUAAUACGCUGCUUCAGCCAGAUAAAAAUAUAUGCAAUGCUGAAAGUGGGAUGAAUGUUGGGAUACUAGAUAUAUUUGGCUUUGAGAACUUUGCAAGAAAUUCUUUUGAACAGCUAUGCAUAAACAUUGCAAAUGAACAGAUCCAGUUUUAUUUCAAUCAACAUAUCUUUGCACUGGAGCAGAUGGAAUAUCAGAGUGAGGGAAUUGAUGCCGCUACAGUGGAGUAUGAGGACAACCGUCCACUUCUAGAUAUGUUCCUUCAGAAGCCCAUGGGUCUCCUGUCUCUGCUAGAUGAAGAAAGUCGAUUUCCUCAGGCAACAGACCUCACUUUAGUUGAUAAAUUUGAAGAUAACUUACGAUGCAAAUACUUUUGGAGACCAAAAGGAGUGGAACUUUCAUUUGGUAUUCAGCACUAUGCUGGAAAGGUAUUAUAUGACGCCUCUGCAUUCCUUGAGAAGAACAGGGACACUCUUCCUGCUGACAUAGUGGUGGUGUUGCGAACUUCAGAGAACAAACUUCUUCAGCAGCUGUUUUCUAGCCCAUUAACAAAAACAGGUAAUUUAGCACAAGCAAGAGCGAGAGUGACAGCAGCAUCUCGGUCUUUGCCUCCGCAGCUCAGUGCUGGGCGUAUCAAGGUUGACACAAUGGAGGUCAUGCGGCAUCCUGAGGAAACAACUAACAUGAAGCGGCAAACUAUGGCUUCCUAUUUUAGGUAUUCCCUCAUGGAUCUUUUAUCCAAAAUGGUUGUUGGACAGCCUCACUUUAUCCGCUGCAUUAAACCUAACGAUGAUCGAGAAGCACUGAUGUUUUCUCAUGAGAGAGUUCUGCUGCAGCUACGAUACACUGGAAUUCUGGAAACUGUCAAAAUACGUCAAAAAGGGUAUUCUCAUCGCAUUCUCUUUGAAGAGUUUGUAAAAAGGUAUUACUACCUUGCAUUCAAGGCACAUGAGACUCCCCUCGGUAGCAGAGAAAACUGUCUUGCCAUUUUGGAGAAAUCUAAACUAGACAACUGGAUUCUUGGGAAAACCAAGGUUUUUCUAAAGUAUUACCAUAUAGAGCAGUUAAAUCUGUUCCUGCGAGAAGUUAUAGGAAGGGUGGUGGUCAUGCAAGCUUAUAUCAAGGGAUGGCUUGGAGCAAGGAGGUACAAGAAAGUCAAAGAUAAAAGAGAAAAUAGUGCUAUUACUAUACAGUCUGCCUGGAGAGGAUAUGAAGCUCGCAGGAAGUACAAGGAAAUAAGGAACAGAAGAACUGAUGCUGCUAUACAUAUUCAGGCAGCUUUUAGGGGAUAUAUUGUUCGUAAAAACUACACAAGAUUGAAAAACAGCACUGAGAGUGUAGCAGAUCCUCAGCUUACAAGCAGCUGCUCUACUUCUGAUUUUGGCUGUGAAGAAGACCGGCAGCAAACCAGUAACCAGUCUUCUCCCGUGGUGCCUGAUUUUCUUGACAAACAAACUAAAAAGAAUAAUUUGGAUGAGAUUUCUGCUUCUCCAUUUAUUCUAAAACAUUCAUUUGAAAUGAAUGAUUCGCAAUCAAUUAGCCAAUCCCAGACAGUUGCAGACCAUCAGUUGUCAAGUCUUUUGACAUCCUGUAAAAAAGAAGAUCAAGUCCUAGCAGCAGAGAUUGAAUUGCAGAAUGCAAAAAAGUAUGGUUCAGAAAACUGUCUUGAACAGAAGCUGAGAACACCUCGUCGACGAUGUCAGCAGCCCAAAAUGCUGAAUAGCCCUGAGGAUAACAUGUACUAUAACCAGUUAAAUGGAACUCUAGAAUAUCAAGGGAGCAAGAGGAAGCCAAGAAAACUUGGACAAAUCAAGGUACUGGAUGGAGAGGAUGAGUAUUAUGAAUCAUUGUCAGCUGUUGAAUCUACUGAAGAUGACAGUUUUCUCAGCUCUCCAUCUCCUCCUUCAAGAGAUGUGUCUUUUGCUCAAAGCUGAACCUCAUUCAGUCUGUUGACUAAUACUGGACAAGGAAGCGUGGCAUGAGAAAUGAGACCCAAGUGCAGUCACAAUAUCUCUAAGCCAGAAUAGGGUUCAAAAGAAGAAAAGGUAAUGAAAUAGAUAGUUCCACAAAAGCCUUGUUUCUCCUAACAAACACAGAAAUUAAGUGUGGCAGAUGAAAAUGAGCAAAGGAUUUCAGGAAGAAAAAUUCGUCAUUUCUUCACCCAAAAUUUGAGAGUAGUUCAAGCUGGAAGUUACAAUCCUGACAGACACUGAAGGCUUUCAGUUCACUCCUCAUUCUCCUCUGAUGUACAUCUAGGUAAGUGUACUUUAAAGGCGCUUAAGAGCCUUUGAAAUUUAGGAGCUCCUUAAACAACAGAGAAUAGCUGCAGAUGAAUUAAUGGCAUUAAAAAUGCAGUGCAAAUGAAAUGGCAACUAAUACGAAUGCAUGUGUACAGAUCAGUUUCUUUACAUUUUGUCAAAAUGUAACAAGAAUGAGUAUAUGUUGUGAUAACUCAUCAAAAAUCAUGUAACUUUUCCUAUGCAAUGUAUAAAUUCUCAGUUAAUUUGUAGCAUGUCUGGAUGAAAAAUUAGAUUAUUUAUACUGUCCAAUUACUUGCUCUGCUCUACUCUUCCAUUGGUGUAGAUCACAGAGAGUUCAAGCAAUAAUGAUGCCUUCUGGUUCCAUCCUUCGUUUUUGCAAACUAUUUGGGAAAAUAAAGCUUUAUUAUUACUGCAAUUCACAUCAUUAUGCAUAGUUAAGAGUUUAUCAAUUGUUUUCAUUAAAUUACAGUGAGGUUUCCAGAUAGAUAUUGUGUCACCUGCCUAAACUCAGCAGUUUACCUUACACUUAGCAGUUUACCUUACACUUGACAUUUCUCUGAAUUGUUAAGUUCAUAAAGAAGUAAGGGAAAGUAAAAAAUAGUAUAUAAUUCAGUGAAACACUUAAGCCAAAGCUGAAGUCCCAUUGAAAUCAAUGAAAUUUUGGCACGUGACUAAGUGCUUUUCUGAAUGGGGGCUCAAGUUAACAAGAGCAGCUUCACAACAUUAAAGAAUAAAGCACAGGGCAAAAUGCAAAAACUCUCUAAGUACAUUCCUUAGGUUUCUUCCUUUCUCUUCUUCCAAUUGUUAAGCUCAUAUCAAUCUCAGCCAUCAGAAAUGGACUUCAAAGAGAUUUUAAGCAGUCUUUAAUUGCAUGAAAAGGGAAGCAUUUUCCUUGUUAUAUGCAAUGCCACUAUCUACAUCUUCUAUACUUUUUCAAAUUAGUUAGUCACUAAUACUUUAAUACUGAGUUUACUAAGUAAAAGCUGCUGUUGAGUAGCAUGUUUUCAUUCUUGUUGCUUCUUAGCUAAACACUGUGCAUGAAGUCAGUCUGUGUAUUUUAUUCUUUCCUAACUUACCCCCUUUCCUUGUUUGUUUGCACCUCAUCCUCAGCAGAUGACCCUGCAACGUGGCACAUGUAUGUAUUUCAAUUAUUAAAAGCCUUACUGUAGAGCCAGACAAUCACACUAAGACUGACCAAAGAGCUGAACUUCUGUUAUCAUAUUGACAGAAGUGUGUGUUUGGAUUGAUUGAUUUAUAUGUGAAAGGGAGUACAGGAGGUAUGUCAGUGUGAUGAUCCUGGUCAGUGGAAGCAUAUCAACAAAAAUUGCUUAGAUUUUCUCAUUUGGCUUUCAUAACAUUGAAGCAUUGUUCUGAUUUAUUCAUGCAUAUUAUUCUGAAAUAUUAAUGUAUUUUGCUUAAUAGUUCAUAACAUAUCCUGUUCUUAAUAUUUUAUAAAAGUAAAGAGUUUAAAUCCUGUUAAGAAGAAGAAAAUUUCUUAGACAGUGUGUAAUAUAUUAUACAGUUUUCAGCAGAUGGGAGAGAAAAAGAUGAAGCUCAACAAGGGAUUUUAGUAGAUUUCUUCUGUAGGCCUUAAUGGCACUAGAAACUGGUUCUUGCUAAGGACAAUUUCUGCCUUUCAUUUAUGGCAGCUUAAAAACUCGUCUCUGUGCCAAAAAAAAAUCGGGCAGAGAGCUUUUGGAGAUUAGCCCCUUUCAUUUGGUAAUUUUAAUGUGCUUCUGACUUAAACAUUUACAUCACUUUAGUAACAUAAAGGGACCUUAGAAUAGGAGUAAAUUGCAGCCAUCUUAAAUUUGCCCUCAACGUGACCUCCCUCACCCAUACACUGUAAGAGUUGUGGAAAGGGCUUUUGUGUGCUAAAGGUCUUUUAAGUGGCCCCUAUCAGACUAUCCAAGGACUUGUUGUUACUUAGAAGCUUAUAAAAUUCGGUUAUAAAUGAUGUGAAACUGGGUGCUACUAUCUGUUUUACACCAUAUUAAAAUUGAUGUGAAAAUGGGAUUUAAGUACCAAUUUAAAAAUUUAAUCUUUAAAAAUAUUAUAGUUGCAUGUUUAUCCCCUUCUGUUCUAAGAUUUGUAAUUAUAUAGGAAUAUUGCUUUUUUAUUGUAAAAUAGCAAUGAGAUACGUAAGUCUACCAUAAUCUUAUUUCUAAUUCCUUUUUUCAUGGUCUCAAAAAAGAAAGAGAAUUUGGAGAGACAGCCAAACUCUGGCUCUUUUAAGUCUUCAGGUUAACCACAUAAAUAUAGUGCAUACAAUUGGAAAUAAAGCCAUAUGGCACAAAAGUGUCCUCCUAAAUGGGUAAAUAGUUGUAGUACCAAUGUAUGCACAAGACGUGGCACAUACUAAACUUAUCCAUCCUGCUUUUAACUCUGACAACAAAAUGUGAGAAGUAAUGUCAGUUUUGUUGUUAACACUAGAAAUACAUUUCGAUAACACACCUUGUCUUUUAGCAGUACUCACCCAAGGAGGAGUUGUAGCAGAAUGCAUACUUAACAGAAACUGUUUCUGCUUGACAACAAAGCAGUUCUCCCAAACUGACAAAAGUAGCACAAGAUGCUGUGAAAACCAAAGGGUAGGGAACAUUCCUCUGGGCCGGAGUUAAGAUUACAGAACUCAGUGAGAGGCUUUGUGUCUCAUUUGUGAUGGGCACUGGAACAGAUAAGGGAGAACAUUGACAAUUCAUAAUAAUAGAGCACUGUGUCUUUAAAUACACAGGCUGAUGCCUAACUCAUCAUAAUAGAUUUGUCAAGAGUUACUGGUUAUUAUUUUAUUACAUGUAUAAAUCCAAGGUCAGCCAGAACAGUAAAUCUAUACAUUUUAUCAUGGAACGGUUUAUUGUAGUACUCAUACUGUGAUGCUAAAGGACAUCGGAACAGAUAAGUGAAAAGCAUAUCUUGAAGUAAUGUUUCCAGAAACCAGAUUACAUAUUAUUGAUCAAGCCAGUAAUAGAUAAAUCCCUUGCUUUUGUUUGUCAGGCUUAUUUUUUAAUUAAAUUACAGAGAGAUAUUAUUUUUUUCAGUAAUUUAACUAGGAUUUUAUAAUGUAGUUGGCAAAUGGAGAUGGCAAGUAGGUAGAUCAACAUGUGUGCUUUUUUCUGCAAAAGAUCCAAACCUCAGUUUCUGACCGUUACCAUUGAAAAUCUCAUCUCAAUCUCUAAGUGAAGUAGUAUCACCACAACAAAGACUGGAUGUCAUCUAUUGGGCUGGAGUUCAGUGCAGGGAGGCAGGCUGGCCUGUCACAGCUGUUUCUAAAAAUUGUUGUGCUGCUGAUCUCUGAUGAAGACCUAUCCAAAACUGGAAUAGUAGAACUGGGGGGCCCGUGCCAUCUAUUGCACUGGUGGAGGUGAUUGAGGCCAGGACAGGGGUAGCCAAAUCUUGAGGUGCUGGUGGAAGUGAUCCUCAAAAAGCUGAAUGCUGGAGUACUGCAUCACAGUACAGCUGAGAAAUGGUGAUAUAGAGAUGCUACACUGGGGCCCUUAGCAAAGGGAAAGGAAUGGACAGGAGGUACUUCCACUAAAUUGUGUGACAUGGUUUAUUUAGUGAUUUUUUGUUUUGCUGCUGCUCCCUGUUACAAGCAAUAAAUUAACACAGUUCCUCAACUGGAGAGAUUACGUGAAGACUUCUAUGACAAAAUGGCUCUUAAUGAGAUUGCAAAGUCUUUGAAACAGAAACUUUUGGUUUUAUAAUUUCUCUUACCCCAGGAAUGAGCAUUCAGUUCUUGUUCUGUAGGAUUAGUUUGAUGGAAGUUUACAUCCAAAUUCAAAGGUAAGUGCUGUACUUCAGACACAGACUUUAUUUUAUUAAAUUGACCUGUUAGAAAUUAAGUUUUGAAAGAAAACCAAAAUGAAAGGCUUCAUAAAACUGUAUUUGUGUUACACUCUCCAGCAUCUUCAACUCAGUACAGAUUUACAGCUGAGUUCCAAUUGGAAAUUGGUAUUGAUUGAUUACGUUGCUCAUUUAACAUUCCAGCAUGCUGCAACGAUAGUGCAACAGACCAUGAUAAAAUGGGAUGUGAUCUAACAGGACAUGACCGAUGGGAUGAGAGCAAAACGCUGGGUUUGCUAGUAGUGCUGUGCAGUAGCUCAGAUUGGCAUCUUGUGUGCUUUGAUUGUUCAUUUCAUUCUGCUGCCAUCCUACUGAGUUGAACAUUUUAAAAGACAACGGUGUUUUCCAUCUGUAAGUCAUGGAAAGACAGAUGGAUGUGGAGAAUCUCCACCUACAACUCCUUGACUGAAUGCCACUGCCCACUUAGUGGUAGAGAAAUCCCUCCUGGAAAAUCAGAAUGUCUUUAAAUAUAUUAUAUUGUGACAUGAUUUUUUAAUAUGGGAACUUGUAGAUAUUUUAAUUUUUUUAAUGAAUGCAAGUAAAACAAACUGGUUAUUAUCAACAUAGCUGCUAUAUUAUAAACACUGCUUCUGUUACACUGAAGUUAAUCCCCAGUCCUGUUACAAGAAACUCAUCCUUAUUAAAGUAACAUUAAGAGCUUCUUUUUAUUGAUCUGCUCCUUUCACUUAAUGAUAGGAACUUACUGAUGUUUUAGUAAUAACCUUGCAAGCUUUAUCUCAUUUUACUUCAAUAUGUGUUACAGAUAGAUGCUAUGGAAACUAACUUAGCAUAAACAUUUUGCAGAUGUCUUUAAAGGUUAAGGAAAAAAAGGUUUAGUUGCACUGCAUGUUAACAAAGAUGGCUGAAAAACUGCAAGAUAAAAGAGAGCCUCGAGUAUGAACAUCAAAGAAUUGUUAAUGACAAGAAAUACCAUUAGGGUUAGCAUCCCUUUUGUUUCAGCCCCCUCACACCUGCAGUGUGUUGCAGAUUCUGUCUUUGUUGGCACAUCUGAAUUACUUCCAUUAGCAUUUAUAGAAAAGUGGCUGCAAAACAACAGAAAUGUACUCCUGGUUUUCUCUGUUGCUCCAAAAAAAGUAAGAUAUUAGGUUCUCUAUGGGUUUCCUUCAAGGUACAGUAUCUUAUUGUAAAGGAGACUAUAGACCCAGGAUUCCGUUGAUUGCAAAUGAGCUAGGUUGAAAGGAGAGGGGAGCUUUUGAUACUGCUAGAGAACUAAUAUAAGCAACUACAAGAAGCACACAUAAGAAGCUCAGACAUUAGCAAUAGCAAAAUCAGAGCGUGAAAUUCAGAUUAGCCCUCCACAGGCUGUGAGAGGGAGGGGGUAUUGGAAGACUUGGCAUGGCUAAAGGUGUAACCUGUUUCAUUUGGCCCCUGAAAAUUUUUAACAGAUGGUGGGACCAGCUGUCUUUUUCAGCCAUUUAAUAAACUCUUCGGUGGUAACAGUUUGGGAAGUGGGGGGUUUUGAGUUUUAGGCCAGAGGAAAAAAUAAAGAAAUCUGUCCCAAUUGUCUUUGCCAAAUAGCGAAGUCUGGAAACAUUAUGGAAAGUUAAAGUGAAAAAUCUAAUUGACGAUACUGUCCUGAUUAUACAUUUCAGUAGAAGAGAAAAAAAAAAAAAAUAACUGCCUGUGCCCAAGUGGACCAGUGCAUUAGAAAAAUGCCUAUUAUGUUGUUAUCUUUAUCUGUCAUUUUAAUUUCAGCUCUUGCAAAGAGGCACAUAAUGAGAAAUUUUAAAUGAACUGUAGAAUGAGAAACUGUUUUACUUUUUGAGACAUGAUACUAUGUUAAAGAAACAGGCAGGAUGAUUCCUAUAUUAAAAACGAAAAAUACCUUUUGGAUAAAAGGUUUAAACCGUCUGCCUAGGUGAGUACAGCAGUCGCUGAACUUGCAUAACACAGUGUUAUAAAAAAACAAUAAACUGCUGUUUGAGAAACAUACUAUGUUGAGCCUCUAGUAAAAGCCUUCGUGAUAUGUGGGAUUUUAUUUAUUAUGAGAGUUUAAAAAGCCAAAAAAGGAUUCACUGCAAGUGUAUUUCUUCAGUUAAAUUAAUUUUUUUGAAUUAACAUUUCCAACACAACACUUAAAUGGCAACUUCCAAUUAUAUGAGAUGUUUUAUUUAAAAAGCAUGUCUAGUGUCUUUGAACAGAACAGUUCUUUUUGCACAUUUACAUGCUACCCAGCUGAGCAGCCAACCCUUCCAUUUGACAAGGGCUUUGUUCUGCCUACAGGCCUAUUAUAAGCCCUAGAUUGUUUGCCCUUAAUAAAUUGCAACAAUAAGACAGAAACCUCUUUCAGGUUAAGAGAAAUAAAACACAUUGCCUACAUAGCAAAGCAUAUGAAGUUUAAUAAUGACAACAGAAACAUAUCUACUAAAUCUCAUUUGCUUUGCUCCCAGAUCAUUACGGUUAAGAUAGUACAAAAAGGUUAGCAUCUUUCCAUGCAUCAAACAAAAGAUUAAAGAAAACAAGAGCGGGACAAAGCAACUCUAGCUACAGAACGCUUUUUUCUUCACAAUAUAAAAUCAUACUGAAUGCUAUGUAAAGAGACUAAUGGGAGCUAAAAAGAAAGAAAUAUGAACAUGAUUAAAUGUUGAGCAAGAAAAUAUCUUUAACUGAAACUAAGCAUGAUUUCAUAUUAUCAAAAGGAAGAAAAAAGUACAAAUUAUUUAAAUUGAAGAAUUUAUGCUAUUCUCCAAUGUGUUGGUGUGUGUCUGCUUGUGUGUGCCUUUCAGGCUCUCUGCUGAAACAUAAAGCCCUACCAAUUUUGCUUUUGUAACAGUUAAUGAGCAUUCUUCUGUUGCUCAAGUGUUGGUGGAGAACUUGUGAUCUUAAACAAAAUUGUUAAGCCCUAUUUCUGAGGCCCCAUUGGUAAUAGUCAGCUGUCAGCUGUGUUGUGUUUGCUGAGAUUGUUAGAGAUGGCUACCUUUGUUGAACCUAGAUCUGCAUGGUUUUUACACUUAAGCUGGAAAUUCCCAAUGGUUUUUAAAGUACAUCUGCACAUUAUGGAGAAAAUAGGAGGCAAAAAGGACAACUUUCUAGACUCCCUGAGCAACAGUACAGUUGAAGAAGAUGAGCAUACCUGUUAUUAAAUCACUAGUUAUAAGCCACUUGAAUCAGUUUUCUCUAUUAGAUACUCAUUAUUAACUCACUACAGCCCUUUCAGAAAGAAAUUCCAGUCACUGUUCUUUUUAUAGUUUUUUAAUUAUGUUUUUAAUUUGCACAUGGAAGUUCUGAGAAUGUAAGUAUUUCUUUCCUUUGAUUCUAAGAGAAGUACAUACACGUAGUACUUGAAAAUGUUGCUGACAGCCUAGAAGAGAUACAAACUUUAAAGGAAAUAGUGUUUAUGACAGGUAUUGAUUCAACUGCAUUAAAGGCUACCUUUCUUUCUUUUAAAAUAUUUUUGAGCUAUGGACAAUACUCUGAGGACUGCUAGGUAUUUUCUUGGGAAAUUUUGGUAUUUCCUGCUGAAAUUCCUGUUGCCAUUUCUGCUGAAUGACAACAGGCAGGAAACAGGGUCAUGGUUUUUCUCUCUGUCUUCUUUCAUGUUAAAAGAAUUAGAGGCGGAUUCUUCAUUGACUGCCACAGUGCAGUGAUAAGGUGCCAGCUUCACUGCUUCUUCCAACUGCUGCAUGGACCCAAAUGGAGAACACAUGAUUUGUUAUUUCUGAUAGGGCAAACCUUGCUUGUUUCACCCUGUGGCUUCCUUCAAUGCUAAUCUCUGUUGUAUCCAAUUUCUGGGUGACAUUUGGAAGAGGAUUUUUCAAAGGAUGGACAUGAAGAGAGAAGUAUUAAUGGUCUUUCAUAAGGGAAUUAAUGGACUUGGGAACAAUAGAGUAGAAAGCUUCUAUGAGAGAGACGUAGAAGAAAAGAGAGGAGACAGGAGACAAGAAGAAAAAAGACAUGAACCAUUAGGUUUCAUAGUAGAGGCAACGUUUAGUAAAUUUUGAAGAUUUUUCUCACCAUAUACUAUAAUAAAGCAUUAAAUCAUCUAGCAGAGCAUCUUAAAAUGUAUGUAAUACCUAUAGUAGAAAACCACUUUAAGAUGCUUUGGAAGCUUCUUGAAAAGAUAUGUGGUACAGUUACUGCAACUACAGAUAGGUUUGUUUAGGACAAAAUUACAAACUAAUAAGUAAUUUGAAUUACAAAAGUAAAGGCAAAUAAAAUGUUCCAGGUAUAAAAUUCAUACCUCUCCUACAACAGGAAAUUGCUGUAAUACUGCAAUCUGUAUCUUAAGAUCUGGUUCCUCUUUCAAAGAUCAGAAGAAAAAAUCUUCAAUUUUUGAUGGUUCAAAGUAAAAUGCUUUUUCCUAGGCCUUCAG